CGCCCCUUUCCCGCCUUCUAUUCCUGCCUUCACCGUCCAACGCCACCGAGAAUUUCACAUGGUUUAAUACCUAUAUUCCAAUGGAUUCCGUUGUCCACUCAGCAAUAGAGGAGAUAUGUUCGCAAGGUGGCGGUGGGCUGAGCCUCCUAAAUCUAUGGCCGAGGCUCCACCAAUCUCUCUCCGCCCACGGCCUCCCUCUUUGUCCAAACGUCAAGGCUGCCCUGUGGUCGAACCUCCUCAACGUUCCCGGCCUCCGAUUCGAGGUCGAAGGCGACGCGUAUGAUUGUCAAGAUGCUUUAAUCAAUUCUCUUGAAAAAUGUGAGCAGAUGAAUAUGAAAAUCGUCGCUUCCGAACGGCUUCGGAGUAAUUUUAUCGGAAUUACUGAUAUCGAGGCCUCUGAUUCUAAAAUCAAUGAAAAGCACCGCCGGACUCUCGAACGCCUUGCCAUUGCUCGAACUAGUGGAGUUACACAAAGUGAACUUGCUAAGGAAUUUGGUAUCAAAGGAAAGGACAUUUUUUACAUAUUGAAGGCACUGGAAUGCCGAGGAUUGAUUUUGAAGCAGACAACGGUGGUGAAGACUAAAGAAGCAUGUGAUGAAGGGCAGAAAAAAACAAUUUCGAAUGUGGCAACCAACAUGCUGCACUUAUACCGUUAUGGAAAGCAAUUGGGAUAUCAACAGAGGCUUGAAAUCAUUAAAGAGAAUAUACCUUUAGUUGACAGUGAUGUUGCAGAUGUAACUGCUGCAAACAGUGCUGGCUUUCCCAAAGGACUUGUUAAAGAGGAUGUGAAUGUAAAAGACUAUCUACCAGCACUAAAAGCUAUUUGUGAUAAACUUGAACAGGCUGAUGGAAAGGUUCUUGUCGUGUCAGAUCUUAAGCAGGACCUUGGUUAUCGGGGAACUUCUGGGCAUAGAGCUUGGAGAAAUAUAUGUCCCAGGUUGAAAGAUGCUGGUGUUGUGGAGGAAUGUUUUACUAAAGUGAAAAACAAAGAAGUCAAGUGUUUGCGGUUGUUGAAGAAGUUUUCACCGAAACAUUUUGAACCAAAAUUAUCUAGACAAGGUUAUGAUGAGAUUGAUGUGGAACAAACAACAAAAUUAGGAAAGAGGGGUCAAAUCACAGAUCAGCUUGUAGAACUUCCUAUUGAUCAUCAAAUUUACGAUAUGAUUGAUGCUGAAGGCUCCAAAGGGCUGACAUUCACUGAAGUAUGCAGACGGCUAGGUAUAUGCAAUAAGCAGUACUAUGAUCGCCUUCUUGAUAUGUACCCUAGGUUUGGGAUGCAUUUGCAGGCAGAAAGCUGUAAAAGGAGUUAUGUAUAUCGGUUUUGGACAUCUCGUAACUUCAAUUCUGAAGCAUCUAAUAUCAUCCCUUGUGAUACAGCAAUGGUAAUGCAUGAAAAUAUUGAAAGUGUUCCUCAGCCAGUGGUUUGGGAAACUGAUGACAGCUUCAUUCCAACCAUUCAAGAGGUAGAUUCCUCCACUUCCAAAGAUGUUGCAGAUGAUGCCACUGUAAAUGAGCCAGAAGUUUGUUAUAAUUCAACAGCUAAUGCAGAGGAUAACUUAAUGCUGCUUACACUGAACAAUCCACAGAGCCCAGCCUCUGAGGCUAGUGGAAGGGUUCCUGCUAUGGAGCUAGGAAUUGUGAAUACAACUGCAUCAAAUGGUAUUCAAAACAAUAUUUCACCUCCUGUGCCAGUGCCCAUGAGACGCCGCUCAUACCAGAAGUAUCCUUGUCUUGCCUUAGGUGCAGCCAGUGCACUGAGGGAGCAGCGGAUUCUUCAGCUGUUGAAGGAAGAGAAGUUCUUAAUAAAAGCUGAACUGCAUAGAAGGCUUGAGAUUGAGAAUCUAGAGAAGGAAAAGAGCUCAAUGAUGGACAGGAGGACUUUAGCACGUAGUUUAAAUAAGCUUCAGGAAGAAGGUCAGUGUAGAUGCGUUCCUAUUCAUAUGCCUGCCAUCUCAAACUGUAGUGCCAGUCGUACUAUAGAGGUGGUCCUGCACCCUUCUAUUUCUAACUUGUCUGAUCAAGUAUUGAGUCAAAUUCAAGAAAGACACAGGUUAUUUGAGAUUCAAAUACGCCGCCAAUGCUAUUCUCGGAUGAAGAAAGGACAGUCAACUCCUGUAUUGGAUAGUGUCCAGAGGAUUCAGACGAUUGUACAUUCGGAUACUCAAGCUGAGCAAGCUGAAGCAAGGCUUGCUAAUGGAUAUGUACUGGCAAAGAUGGUACGUACAAAGCUGCUUCACAUCUUUCUGUGGAACUACCUCAGGGGUUCACAUGGUUGGAAUGAUCCUUUAUCCAUCGAAAAAAAUGGGCAUGACAUGAGAAAUCCUCAUAGCACUAGCAAAAUGUUUGGUCUAGAUGCUGCCAUCAAGGCCAUGCCUCUUGAGCUGUUCUUACAGGUUGUGGGUUCAACCCAAAAGUUCGAGAAUUUGAUUGAGAAAUGUAGGAUGGGUCUGCGCCUUUCUGAUCUUCCAGUGGAAGAGUAUAGGUGUCUGAUGGAUACUCAAGCAACAGGGCGCCUAUCAAGGUUGAUUGACAUUUUGCUACGCUUGAAGUUGAUUCGCCUUGUAAGAGCGGGGCAUUCUGAUGGUGAAGCCAAAGUUCAGGAUAUCACCACCCUUGUCCAUGCAUUGGAACUUAAACCCUACAUUGAGGAACCAGUAUCAAUAGUAGCCUCAACUUGUGGUUUCAUUUUUCCUGAUCUUCGCCCUCAUGUCCGGCAUGAUUUUGUUCUCUCGACUAGAAAAGUUGUGGAUGAGUACUGGAACACUUUAGAGUACUGUUAUUCAGCUGCUGACUCAAAAGCUGCUUUACAUGCAUUCCCUGGAUCUGCUGUUCAUGAGAUAUUCUUCCCCCGAUCAUGGGCCUCAGCUCGGGUUAUGACAGUUGAUCAGCGUGCUGAGCUCCUCAAGCGUGUUGUAACUGAUGAACCACAUAAAAAACUGUCAUACGGAGAAUGUCGGGAGAUUGCCAAUGAUCUUAAUUUGACCGUUGAGCAGGUGCUUCGUGUCUAUCAAGGUAAGAGACAAAAGCGCUUCACCAGUUUUGGAGGAGAUUCUUAUGCUCAAGGCGAUGAAUUUGAUCCACUGAGACAUACAUCUAGUUCUUCUGCACGCAAAAGGAAAAGAUCUUCUAAAGGGAAGUCCCCAAAGCAUGCCAAGUCUGAAACCAAGGGAGGAUAUUGGAGUAAGGGCAGGCUUGCACAAAUAUCUGACACAGAAAGAGAAGAUACUUUCAUAACUUCCUUGGGAGAUUAUGGAAGUCAUUUGCUGCAAGAGCAUAUUAAUGAUCAGAUGCAAGCUGUAGAACAGCAAGAAUCAAAUGAAGAAAAUGAGCAUGAUCAAUUCUUUAUUCACAAAUAUGCUCUAUCGAAGCUGAAAACAGGACGCCAGAAUAGAUUUUCAUGGACAGAAGAAGCUGACAGGCAAUUAGUGAUCGAUUAUGUGAGGAAUCGUGCUUUGCUGGGGGCAAAAUAUCAUCGCACAGAUUGGGGUUCUCUUUCAAAUCUGCCUGCACCUCCUGAGACCUGCAGAAGAAGAAUGGCGAUGUUGAAUAGUACUCCACAGUUCAGGAAAGCUGUCCUUAGACUGUGCAAUAUGCUUGCAGAGAGAUAUGAAAAGUGCCUAGAGAAAUACCAAAAGAACUCAUUAAACUUGGUUGAUGGAAGACCACUGGUUCGGGAAGCCAUGAUGGUAGGGGACCGUAACGAGAACCUUUUUGAUUGCUCUGAACAUGAUAAAGAGUUAAAGUCUCACACACGUUGGGAUAAUUUUGAUGACUGUAAUAUAAAGAUAGCCCUGGAUGAUGUUCUACGAUACAAGACGAUAGCUAAAUCGAACACCUCCAAGCGAGUUGAUUCUUAUGAAUGGUCUCAUGGACAGGACCCCUUUAAUACUGAUAAAGUCUGUCAAGAGGGUCAGAUUUGUGGUGGAAGAAGUACAAAUUCUGCUCAAAGAUCAAGUUCUUAUCGUAUUGUUCAAAAGUAUAACAAGCUUUUAAACGAGGGCAAUACUACUAGUAGACGAAUAUAUGGAUCAGUUGCAGUUUCUAAUGCUGCAGAAUUAUUUAAGCUCAUUUUUCUGAGCACCUCAAUUACUCCACAGGCUUCAAUAUUGCUGGCUGAGACAUUGAGGCGCUAUUCUCAGCAUGAUCUUUUUGCUGCUUUUAGCUCCCUCAGGGAAAAGAAGAUUAUGAUUGGUGGCAAUGCUACAAGUCCAUUUGCACUUUCUCAGCACUUCUUGCACAGCAUAUCUUUGUCUCCAUUUCCACCAAAUGCUGGCAAAAGAGCUUCCAAGUUUGCUAGCUGGCUUGACAAAAGGGAGAAGGAUUUGAUGGAAGAGGAAGUUCAACUUCCUGCAGAUUUACAAUGUGGAGACAUCUUUCAUUUGUGCGCUUUAAUCUCUCUAGGCGAACUGUCAAUAACACCAUGCUUGCCAGAGGAUGGUAUUGGAGAGGCUGAGGACUCCAGAACUUCUAAACGUAAAAAUGAUACAAGUGAAUAUUGUGGUGACAAGUCUAAGAGACUAAAAACAUCAAUGCCUGGCGAGGGUGAGAUUAUAUGCCGGCGAGAAAAAGGUUUUCCUGGAAUAAGGUUAUCCUUGAGUCGUGUGACAGUUCCAAGAAUGUGCUUUUUAGAAUUGUUUAAAGACAAGGACAGCAUUGGGGUCUCACUUUUCUGUGACAAGGAUCAAAGUAAUUCCCCACGCCCACAAAGUGGUGGCACCUCAUUUCUCUCUGAUGAAUGUACCUUUCUGAAUGAGGCAAAAUAUGAUUUGGGAAUCAACUGCACUGCUACAGCUGCCCAUAAGUCACCUUGGGAAUCUAUGACAAGCUAUGCUGAUCAUCUAGUUUCUUCGUUUCAUGAUGGGGAAAAUUCUCCUUUUCAUGCAGAGCUAUUUAGAACUAUUUGUUCUGCCAUUCAGAAGUCUGGUGACCAAGGUUUGAGCAUGGAAGAAAUUGCCAAUGUUUUGAACAUAGCAGGGGAAAAGGAGUUAGAAAUUGUUGUUGAUGUGCUUGAAGCAUUUGGACGAGCUUUUAAGGUCAGUGCUUAUGAUGCCAUCCAUGUUGUUGAUUCUCUGUACCGAUCCAAGUACUUUUUGGCCUCUGUGGCUGAAUCUAAUCAAAAUCCUCAAGCAACUUCUUUGGUAGAUUCCAAAGGAACAAGUGAUGAGGAGCGUAAGCUCAUUAAUGUGGGAAGUCAAGAAGAUGAUGUUGGCUUACAAGAUGAGAUAAGCACAGACACUGAUGAUGUCCACAAAAUUACAAUUCUUAAUCAUCCUAAAGAGUUAACGGAACCUUUAAGUGUAAUUCAGAGAUCCAAUGAAGUAGAAGACCGUGCACAUUCUGAAGUAAUUUCUGCUGAAGUGAAUCCAAGAGUCGACACGUUUGAGGUUCGAUCUUGUGAUCCUUUUGUAUAUCCUAUUCUUCCUUGGAUUAAUGGAGAUGGGACCAUCAAUGAACUUGUCUACAAGGGGCUUGUACGUCGCAUUCUUGGUAUCGUGAUGCAAAAUCCAGGGAUUUUAAGAGAUGAUAUAAUAAAGCAAAUGGGUGCAUUAAAUCCUCAGAGCUGCAGAAAAUUGCUAGAGAAACUGAUUCUGGACAAGCAUAUAAUAGUGCGCAGGGUGCACCAGACCACAUGUCCGGAGCCUCCUGCAAUUCUGCGUAGCCUUUUAGGGAGCUGCACAAAGAAAUCAAAAUUAAUUUACCGAGAACAUCUUUUUGCAAAUCCCAUGAGCACCGCUUUGUUGUAAAGUGGUAAUUAUUUGUGCCACAAAUUAGAAUAAGCUUUUGUACAUAACUUUUGUAUAUGCUGUUUGUAGUAAAAUUAUUGACAAAUAGUCCACCAUUUUUGUUUUCUUUGGACUCACUUUGCAGGGAUGGUUGUUGUCCUAGACGCAUAAAACCGUGAAAGUUCACAUUGUCAUCGGAUA